UCAGGCUGGAGGAAACAGAUAAAACGUUUAGCGCGCUAGUUUGAUCUUCAGCAAAUCUGUUGUGGAGAGCGCGGCUGGGAAUAUUGACGCGCGGCGCGCAAGAGGAGUUUCUGCACCAUCCGAACGUGAUCCAAAGAGUCUUUUUCAUUGGGAACCGCCUGCACACCUCAGAUCAUCAACCGGCAUGAGCAGAGGAUAAAUCCAUCUUUACAAAAAGAAAUAUUUACGUCCGUACCUUCUUGGAUAUUAAUGCACAUUUUAAGAGCAAUAAAAUUAUUUUAAGGGUACUUUCACAGCUCCAUGUUAUCUGAAUCACAUCACUGUUCAAUUAAAAAUCGACUUCUUUUUACUUAUUAAAGCUUUUACGCAGGAUUAACAGCAACCGCAGGCGUUUGGAGGCGACCCGUUGCGCACCGGUGAAAGGUGGCGAAACCUUACAUAACCUUUAUCCAGCGUUACAUCUUGCCAAGGCGGAGAUUUAUCCAGUGAAUCUUACACUAAACAGACAGCAAGCGAUGUACGUCUGGACACAACAGUAUUGCUGAAUCAACACUGCUUUAUUGGACCCGAAUGGGGAUACAUAUUCCGCGCGUAAAUGACCACAACAAGUGAAGUACAAUUAGGCUUUACUUCAUUCUCUAUGGACAAUGUCUGCAGCGCACUAAAAGGGAAUUUUGAAAUCCAAAACGUUCUUUUUGGACCCGAGGAAAGAGGAGGAAAGAAAGUAAAUGCAAUUUACAGUCGGUGACCCGUUAUUUUGGACAUUCAAUUGCACAUAAAUCGUAAAGUGAAGUGCCGGAUUAUAUCCACUUUAAUGCACUGAAACGAAGACCUAAAACGAGAACUAGCCUACUUCAGAUUAAUUGAUGAAAACAUGUAAUGUGUAUGCAACUACAUUGCUAGUAAAAAACAUUUUAUAUUAUUAUUAGAAGACAUCCCUAACUACGAGUCCUUCAAACAGACAAACGAAUAAACAAAAUUGUAUUCUUUAAAAACUGAAGUAACGGUUACCACUAACGUCAUACUGAGAGCUUUUCGUGAAUAAAAUGAUGUUUUGGAGACUACUGGCUGUUAUCCUCGCAGUAUAUCACACUUGCGCUCAGUCGGAUCACAUGCAGAGGUAUAAGCGGACGCUGGCGCAGAGAGCGGACAGAGCGCUGGCUGCUGCGGCCAGAGAGCCGUGCGGCUCCAUCAGCCGCAAGAGACCCCCGCGCUCCGCGGCGCAACAUUACCCCCUAGCGGCCGUGCUCGGGCGGUACACCCGCUUGAAAGACCUCCACGCGAUGACAACCGAAAGAGUGAGGUCCUGUUCGAAUGGAUGCAGCGCCAAUGGCACAAGUGCUGCUGAAGUGCAUGAUGACCCAAUCCGGGAUACAAAUGAGAAGGUCAAUUACGAUAAACAACAAAGGAAGAAAGACAAACAGCCAUUCUCAGAAACCAACAAGGCACAGGGUUUCACUUUAAAAGUCAUUAAGUCAAACAAGCUCUCUAAAACAAUACCAAACAGACACUCAAAGGAAACGCACGUGCCAUCUAUGCGGUGGGAGCAGCAGGGUGGUGAUAUGAUGGACAGCUCCUCCUCAAUGAGAAGGGUCGCACGCAGCCUCACAGACAUGAAGAAUAAACCCGAAGAAAUCCCAGGGGGCAGGAAGCACGCCCGUGUUCCUCGCAGUGAUUACUCUGCAGAAAGUGAGGAGUUCUCCGGGGAGCGGGAGGGGCUGCAGAGCGCCCCCGGAGACCUUUGGAGGGCUGAUGCGCACAACGUCCCAGCAAAGUGGAUGACCGCCCUGUAUUUCAGCGGUCAGGCGGAGAGGCUGAAGGUCAACCCUGAGUUUGCCAUAGAUCUGCCCCGCUCCAGGUUCACUCUAGAGCUGUGGGUGAAGCCGGAGGGGGGGCAGAAUAACCCUGCCAUCAUAGCAGGGGUGUUUGACAACUGCUCGUAUCCCUUGAGCGACAAAGGCUGGUCCGUCGGUAUCCGGACCGUUGACCCCACGGGAAGAAAAGAUGGCCGUUUUUUCUUUGCCCUUCGCACGGACCGUGCGCUCCAGUCCACUACUAUCACAGCACAUCAACGCUACCAGCCGAACAGCUGGACUCACAUGGUGGCAAGUUACGACGGCCACAAGAUGGCGCUGUACAUAGACGGCUCCAAGGUCGGCGAGAGCAGUCAGCAGUCAGGCGACCUGUACAGUUCUUACAUCAAGACCUGUCGCCUGUUCCUGUUGAGCGGGGACCAAUCUGAUCGCGAACAUGGUUUCCGCGGGCAUCUAGGAGGCGUCGCUCUAUGGGGUUAUGCACGUUCUCAAGAGGAGCUUCGUAAAAGCCAUCGCCACCGUGCAGAGAGACAAGCCGCGCUCCUGAACCAAUGGGCGGAUUUCUCAGAGGUCAAGCAUCAAUGGGUGCCUUACAAAGACCGUCACAACUCAGUCAUUGUAGCACUUCCCAUUCCAGAGCCGAUGCUUGUGUUUCCAUUCCAGCCUCCUCCUUGUGGCGUGACCAUGUGCGACAACCCAGACAUCGCCCUCAGUUACAACCAGCACUGGCAGCUGCGGGCGGAGAAGCACCUGCGUUACCGCAUCGUGAACAUCUGUAAGGAUGACGGGACUGACCCCACAGUCUCCCAGGAACAGAUCCAGCUCCAACAUCUGGCCCUGGAACAGGCCUUCCAUCCCUACAACAUCACUUUGGAGCUCAGCAUCCACACCGUCUACAACACCUCCCUGCAACGGCGCUUCAUUCUCAGCAACUGCCACAUUGCCAAGGUGGGAAACCGCCACUGCGAUCCGGAGUGUGACCAUCCUCUCACGGGCCACGAUGGGGGAGACUGUUUGCGCAUGGGGCCCUGCUACAACUGGAAGAGGAGGGAUGGAGUCUGUAACCCAGAGUGCAAUAGCAUUUACUAUGAUUAUGAUGAUGGUGAUUGCUGCGACCCCGAAGACACCGAUGUUGCAAAGACCUGCUUUGAUCCAGAGUCUCCUCAGAGGGCUUACCUGAGCGUGAAGGAACUGAAGGAUCUGCUUCAUCUCAGCAGUUCAGACACACUCAACGUGUUCUUCGCUAACAAUUCAGCUCGCGAGGAGCUUGCUGGGGUCGCCACCUGGCCAUGGGCCAAAGAAGCCUUAACACAUCAAGGUGGCAUGAUACUUAACCCCUCCUACUUCGGCACAAACGGACACAACAACACCAUGAUCCAUGAGAUGGGUCAUAUUUUAGGACUAUACCAUGUUUUUAAGGGUGUGAGCGAACGUGAGUCAUGUGACGAUCCCUGUCAGGAGACCACCGCGUCCAUGGAGACGGGAGAUCUGUGUGCCGAUACAGCGCCAACACCAAAGUCCAAAGCCUGCCACGACCCUGAUCCAGUCAAUGACACUUGUGGCCUUACCCAAUACAAAAACACACCUUAUAACAACUACAUGAGUUACACAGAUGAUGACUGUACAAACCAUUUUACACCAAACCAAGCGGCUCGGAUGCACUGUUACAUUGACCUGGUCUAUAAAAACUGGGUCCACGGCAGAAAGCCCACCCCCAUUCCUCUUGCACCAAUGUUGAUUGGUCAAGAUGCAGAUUCUGUGUCAAUUCAUUGGCUGCAUCCAAUCAGUGGGCCACUUGCCCACAGGGAUGGUGGCAUUAACUGUCAGCUCUGCGAUGAGACCGGAGCGCUCCAUCAGUACGCCAAUGAGGCCACGUCCCCUCAUGCCUGCGAUUCCACUGGAUACUGGACGCCCGAGGAGGCAGUGGGGGCCCCUGAUGUGUACCAGCCAUGUGAGCCCAGCAUGCAAGCCUGGAGUCCUGAAGUCAACCUGUAUGAGGCCAACAUGACCACACCGUGCCCCCAAACAGAGGGCUGCGUGUUGGAAUUGCAAUUUCUUCACCCUGUGCUCCCUGACAGCUUGACUGUCUGGGUCACCUACACGUCUGCCAAUAAAAAGGCUAUUGCUAAUAUCAUGUACAUCCUGGAGAGUGGCGAGUCGAUCAACUCAGGCCCCUAUCACGCUUUCUGUGAUAUUCCUUUGACGCUGCAUGUGCGCACAAGUAAGAAAGUCAAGGCCAUUAAAAUUUCCACCUUUGACAAGAAGCUUGAGAUCGACGCUGCUCUGCUGACCUCGAGACCCCACAAUGCUCUCUGCACCGGCUGCCGCCCCGUCCUCUACAGAGUGCUUAGAGAUCCACCAAACAGAGAAGAGCACAACUCUGUCAUUGUCAGACAGCCCAAAUACACUGACAGUGAUGUGCAGAGGAAUGUGCAGUAUCAGUACAGGAUCCAGGUGGAGUCAGACGGUUUAUUCAGUGAACUUUCCCCAGCUCUGGUGUACACGCAUGGGGAACAUUUCUGUGGUGACAGUGCACUACAGAGGACUGAGGAAUGUGAUGACGGGAAUCUCUUAGACAGAGACGGCUGCUCAAAAAAAUGUCAUGUUGAACCAGGCUUCAAGUGUCACGGUCAGCCUAGCCUGUGCUAUGUGUUUGAAGGGGAUGGUAUGUGCGAGGAGUUUGAGAGAGCCUCCAGCGUUCAGGACUGUGGCUUUUUCACUCCCCAGGGCUUCAGUGAUCAGUGGGCGUCCACUGCCUCGGGCUCUCAUCAGGAUCAGAGAUGUCCUGCCUCAAGGGUCACCGGGGAGCCUGCGCUCACUCAGAUGUGCAAGUCACAGUAUUUGGACAUGAAUGAAGUAGUGGCACAUGAUGCAUGGACGCCCUGCACUGCUCAUCUUGACAGCUACUAUAAUCAGGAUCAGCCUGUCUGGCUAAAGGUUGGAUUUGAGAGACCAGGUGUAGCAGCAUCCGUUGUCAUCUACCUUGCCUAUGAUGGUAGUUGGCAUGAAGAGAACUGCAAGAAAACAAUCACCAUACAACUGUGUGAUACCACCGGCAAAAAACACCUCCUUGGUUCGUACGAGCUAUCGUGUCAGCGGAACCCCCUGGUGGUGAAUGUGACUCAUAAUUUGAGUUUGCCGUUCUAUCAGACCUCGGCAGUCCAGCUCAACUUCUCGUCCUCUCAAGUGGCCGUGCUGGCAGUCGCGUUGCGAACUUCUUGUCACUUCAGCGCCUUUGCCCUGACUGGAUGUGCACAUAGGCUGUGCAGUUCAGAGUCAUGUGGUCCUCUGAAGGUUGACCAUGCUUCAGUUCACUGUUCUCCAGUGCUAGACCCUAAACACUGUUCUGUUUCCUGUCAUCGUGGCUACAUCCUCACUGUUCUCCAUGGCCAGGGCCUUCACAUUCAUCAGACGGAAGCCGAGCUGAACUGUGUGCAUGGAGUGUGGGAUCGUGAAGUGAGCUGUCAGCCGGUGGAGUGCGGCCCACCCCCUCCGUCUCAUGUCUACUUUGCCUCCUUCUCGUGUCCCUGGGGCACCACAUUCGGCAAGCAGUGCACCUUUUCUUGUAACGCUCCAGCUAUCCUGCAAGGAGAAAGUGACACAUUGGUCUGUCUUGAGGAUGGUCUGUGGUCAUAUCCAGAGGCCUACUGCAAAAUCGAGUGUCCAGCUCCACCUGUCAUACCCAACGCCAAGCUGCUAGUUCCACAGUGCGGCGGAGGCGGACACGACGUGGGCACUUUAUGCCGCUACAAAUGCAACCCAGGAUAUUUUGUCACCGGCACACUCAACAAAAGACCGAGAAAGAAGUUUCUGAGGCUGGAGUGUUUGGAGGGAGGGACGUGGCAGGAGGGCAGCUGUUCACCUGUCACAUGCCCACCUCUACCUCCAGUGUUUGAGGGCAUGUACACCUGCACUAACAACUUUGACUUCAAUAGCAUUUGCACCCUGCAAUGUCCAGACCCAACAGAAAAGUCCAGCAUUCGUUGCACCAAAGAUGGCAGAUGGACUGAGGACUUCACUAUGUGUAAAACGAUAGUGGGUUCGUGCCAGCCUCCUCUCGACCUUAACAGAGUGGAAUACAUCUGCGACGAGGGCUUUGAGUUGGGUGCGCUCUGCUACCCAACAUGCAUUGUGGCCUUGAGUGACCCUGUGGUGUUAGCCAACGGUUCUACCGCUGAUACUGUAGAGCACUGGAUGCUUCCCAGCAAGGUUCAGAACAUCAUCUGUACUGGCAUGUUGAAGUGGCAUCCAAAUCCAGAACACAUCCACUGCAUUCAAUCCUGUGAGCCAUUUGAGGGAGAUGGUUGGUGUGACACCAUUAACAACAGAGCGUACUGCCAGUACGAUGGAGGAGACUGCUGUCCAUCCACUCUCUCCUCUAGAAAGGUCAUUCAGUUCGGGGUAGAUUGCGAUCACGACGAGUGCACCUGCCGUGACCCCGAAGCCGAGGAGAACAGGGGCACGGCCAAGAAGAAGGAGCCAGAAGUGCUGUGAAUGAUAGCGAGCAGACAGCUCUAGUAACUGGCUCGAGAAGAAAAACGUCAAACAACAACCCGAGUUUCUCUCCCUUCACAUGAACAGAGGAGCUGUGAUCAAGAGCAGUAACUCAAACCACACAACUGCAGAAGAACAAUCCUAUUCAACACUAAUCUAUUCAAUAACACACCUCAUGUAUGUUUCAAAUCUCUAACAUAGAGCGUAGGUGUAGAUAUAGCAAUAUUUUACCCCACAUCAUAGAACACAAGUCUGUUUGUUUCACAUGUAGCUCGUUUUUUAUGAACAUUUUAUACACAUAUUAAACAAAUAGCUCUUGCUUGUUGUGUGCCACGUUAUUUUAAUGUUUUCACAUAUAUCAAUGUCUUUGAUCUGUCAAUACAGUUGUAUGAACACAUUAUUUGUCAUUUCCUUCAGCAAACCUCCCUAAUCUGAAUGACAACCCUCCUUUUUUCCGUAGUUCAUAUUCAGGUGGGAUCUCUGAGCCAAAGCUCAUCUGUUACCCCCUCAACCCCCCCCCUCCCUCCCGUCA